AAUAGAAGUUCUGCGAAUUCAUAUUUUUCACUCCCUUACUAGUCUUAUCAUAACAAAGAAAUUAUAUUUACGUUGAGGGAAUAAAUUAUAUUUAUACUUCAGUCAUGGAAGGGAGAUUACCUAAUCCACAUCGUCGAUUUAUCGACACUUGUGUUUAUGUCUUGAGAUACUGUGGUGUUUGGCCACUACAACCAUCAGCACAUAUUUUGUUGAAAAUAUUACAUUUUAUUUUCAGAACAUUUAAUUACGUAGUUAUGGCGAUUCACUUAGCUUCGAUACUUGCUCCUGCUAUAUAUCACAAGGGCGAUUUAGUAGUACUCGGUGAUGUUGGAGGAUGGUUCAUUGGUGGAUCUAUGUCCUUUUUAAAAUUUGUAAAGUUUACAGUAUCAUACAAUAGCAUAAUAGAUCAUAUCGAAAAAGUAUUAAUUCCAAUAGAUAUAUUACAACAAUCAUCCGAUAGAGGAAUGGUAAUAAAUAUCAAAAGCUAUUCUCAGCAGGAGAAUAUGGAAAUUAAAUUAUUUACGUCAGCAUGUGGUUUUCUUGUACUUGCAACUAUAUUUUUUGGGCUCAGACAAAAACCAGGAUUACUUAUUAAAGCUCUCUAUCCAUUCGAAACAGAUCAUUCACCUAUUUAUGAAAUAGUAGCAUUCAUUCAGAUUUAUUCAGAAUCAUACUUUUUUGCAAUUAUAAUUGCAACUGAUGGAAUGGUUAUUGCAUUAAUCAGAUGGACGACUAUCCAUUUCACAGCUUUAGCAGCGAAUUAUAAAAACUGUAAUAGUAAAUUGAUAAAACGUGCUACUAUAGUUUCAAUAAAUGAAACUUGGGAGCUUGCCAAUCAAUAUAACUCCUCAAAAUUAAGUCCUGAAGAUUUAGAAAUAAAGUCGUUUGUUGCUUUUGAGAAACAUGAAUCUGAAAACAGUGUCGAUGAUUUCAACUGGAGAUAUAAAACCUGUAUUAAACAUCAUCAAAGACUUCUUAAACUUACAAUCGACGUUAAUAUAACAAUUAACCUACUUUUAUUACUUCAAUUUUCAGCUAGUUUAACUAUUGUCUGUUUAUGUGGGUUUCAAAUAAUAUUGAAUUUAAAUAACUCAUUUAGAGUAAUGCAAUUCGCAGUAUUUGUUUUAAUUGCUUUGGGAGAAUUAUUCGUUUUUUGUUGGUAUGGUAACGAAUUUACUCAUGUGACAAAUAGUUUGACGUAUAAUCAGUGGUCAUCUGGCUGGGAAUAUAUUAACGAUUCUACUAAUAGUGAUAAAAAGCAAAAAUUACACAAUCUUAUAACAAUCACUAUGCUCCAAACAAUGCAUCCUAUUGAAUUUAAAGCAGUCGGUCUUUUUGUUUUAUCCACUGCAACAUUUCUCUCGGUUGUCAAAAGUUCAUACUCGGUGUUAGCUUUGUUAAUGAAUAUGAAUGACUAAAAACUAUUUGCAUCAAUUGUUUCAAAAAAUAUCAGUUUAGUAUUUUAAUAAAUUCACUAGAAAAAUUAACUGUGCAAUGAAUUUAUUUCGACUAUCAAAAAAGAAAAAAUAAGUGUUAUCAUCCAGGACAAUUCCGCUUUUGGCAUUCUGUAUUGAAAUUAAUUCGCAACUAUGUUUUAGUUUCACAUUUAUUAAAUAAAGAUUGUCUGUCUGAGACGAAAAUUUUCACUUUUCUAAACUGAUGAGCACCGGUAAAAUUAUUCAACAUACACCUAUUAACUGUUUUUUACCACUACGAAUAUUGUGAGAUUUAUUUUAACUUCUACAUAAUUAUAUUUAUUUGAUUUAUAAUGAAAAAGAAAAAGAAGAAAAUGAAUCGUUAAAGUAAGAUGAAAAAAUAUGGAAACACGAGUAUGUAACAAAUUUAUUGAUAGACGGGGGAUAAGUCUAAAAUUGACACCAGUUAUUUUUACAAGAUUCCAUGCAUAUGAAUUAUGAUCUAGUUAUGAAAAGUGAUAUAUACAUAAUUUUAGGAGAAUCUUGACAUAUAAUACGAUGUAAAGUGAUUCCAAAAGGAAAGAAAAAGAUGUAAUAAAUUUCCAAGAGGUCGGAUGAUACUUUUUGUUUUAUCUUUCUGCCUUUCGACAUAAAAUUCACUAUACCACACAAGAAGAAAUUGAAUGAAGUCAACAACAACGUUUAGAGCUGUUGGAAUUGUUUGUUUAAAUUUAUCAGUUCGAAAUAUGAGAAGAAUUUUUUGUGUAAAAAAAAAAUUUUUCAGAUUCGUUAACAAAUAAAUGUUAUUAAUCAUUAAUGACAUGUCAAUUAAUAUUUUUUAAUAAGCUAAAUCUUACAAUAUUGAUUACUUAAUUGUUUACGGGUAUUUUUCGUCAAUCAUUAUAUCUUGAUACCAUCUAACUACAUCAAUCUUGUAGUAAAGCAAAUUACCUUCAAUAUAUAUAGUUAAAAUUUAUACUUUUUAAGUAAUGUUUAAGAAAAUUUAAGCGAAUGUAGAACAGGCCAAAUGUUUUGCUGUUCAAUACAAAAAAUUUGAAAGUUACCAUUAGAAUGACUUGCGUCUAUAUUUAUCUAUCGAUACCAACCAAAUUGGAUUGAAUUCAGAAUGAUACAGACUCGACCCAAAUAUCAGCAAACUUAUGAGAGACUUUCUAAGACAAG